CGAAGUGCGAUGAACAAAAAUAAGAAAACAAUUCAACUUUUGCAGCACAGCAGCUGAUUGGCCAAUUCACACUAUUUAGGUCAUUACUCAUUUGUCCCAAUCAGCUGAUAUCUGUCAAUGGUUUCUGGUCAUUCUGGUUUAUUUAUGUAUGUAUGCUGGUUUUAUGUCACUGUUGUGUGUGUUGAUGUUGAUCCUGUUUUUCAAAAUUAGGCUAAAAAUUAAAAUUAUGUAAAAUUUCCUUGCCUUUCUGAAGUCAUCAUGAUUUUACGGAUGAAAAUCAAUUACUGAAUAUGGUAUGGAAAAUUUGAUUAUGAAAUUGAGCCCAGUUUCUGGUUGAAAAUAUUUAUGCUCUCUGGUGUAUUUUACAUUUAAAAAAAAGUUGAUAUAUUGAGGCACAUAAUGGAUAGAGGGGCAUACGAGAAACUGAGCAUAAGAGAAUCUGCAUCAUCCCUAAAAAAAUAUGGAAGUACCAGCAAACACUUAACUAGAAAUGAAAAUUAUAUCAAACACUUUGUAUCUAAUGCUGAUACAUUGCAAGGAAUAUCACUAAAGUAUAAUGUAACAAUUGAACAAAUUCGUAGAGCAAAUAAAUUGUGGGCUUCUGACAGCCUGUUCCUAAAAGAGUUCCUCCUAAUUCCCAGUACUGAAAAAACUGAACCAAGUAAAAAUGAAAAACCAGGGACUACUUCUGAAGUAAUGUCACCUACCACUUCUAGUUUUGAUGAUGAUAAUGAUAAUAUAGAUGAUUAUCUGAGUAAAAUUGAUGCUGCUAUUGCAUCAACAAAAGAGGAUAUCAGGAAAACUACAAAGAAAAGCGAGUUUGCAGUAAAUUCAGAUUUUACUGGAGAUCGUCGCCAACCUGCUAUUUCAAGAAUGAAACAGAAGGUGAACAAUAAUAUCUCAACAGAUCAUCAUUUACCACACACAGUUGUAGUGCAGCAAGGUAAAAAAAUCCGUACUUCUCUGCACCUCCAUGAACAACAACAAGAAGAAUUAUUUGAGUUGUAGCAGCCUAACUGAAUUUGUUUUUUGUUAAGUAUAAGAUGUUGAUUAUUUAAAUUACCUACAGCAGCUGUGGGUGCCCAAAGAAAUGCAACUAGGCUUCAAAUUAUUGGGACUUUGAUGAAUAUUAAUAAUCAUAGUUAUGUUCCAACUCAACUAUUCAACUAUUGAUUAUUAUGACUGAAAUUUGUGCAAAUGCUAAAAAACAGUGAGUAUUAGCUAUUUGAAUUGUGUUUAUAUGGUAUGAACUUGCUUUUGAUAAGUUGUAAUUGAAAUGCUGUUUACUCAUAUAAUUUAGUUGGAUUCAUGAAUUCAGCAUAACAGUGAUUUCCUUCCCUUAUUCUUUCUUUUUUAAGACAUUUCAUUUAAUGAGACAUUAGAGGUACCUACACAAGCAUAUAUAUUAUAAUGUUAUAAUCUGUUAUGUAUUUGUAUGUAAAUUAUAUGAGUAUGAUCUGUAUAUAUAUAGAUAUAUCAGGAUCAGGUAGGUGCAUAUGUCAUAUUUAUAUAUGGAGAUUUUUGUAAAAAUAAGAAUAUGAGAUUAACAAAUUAUAUUGAAAUACAUAGU